AUGGUUUACCCAAAAACAUUUCAAGGCUUCGCCAUCACCGAUCUCAGCAAAUGGACAGAAACCGAAUUGAUCGAGUACGAACCAAAGGUCUUCGAUGAUUACGAUGUCGAUAUUAAGAUCGAUGCCUGUGGGAUCUGUGGUUCUGACGUCCACACCGCGUCUUCUGGCUGGAACACCCCAGCUUUACCAUUGGUGGUCGGUCAUGAGGUUGUUGGGAAGGUGGUUGCUGUUGGUCCAAAAGUCACCGAAUUCAAAGUCGGUGAUCGUGUGGGUUGUGGGGCCCAAGUGUGGGCAUGUCUUAAGAAGACUUGUCCUGCUUGUUCCACUGAUAAUGAAGUUUAUUGUCCACAUUGGGUCGACACAUACAAUUGUACUUAUCCUCCAGAAUCAGGAAAGAGUGCUGGUGGGAAGGCGAUGGGUGGGUACGCGUCGCACAUUAGAGUCCAUGAGUACUUCACAUUCCACAUCCCAGAGUCUUUGAAGAACGAAGACGUUGCCCCAAUGUUAUGUGCUGGGAUCACCACUUACAGUCCAUUGGUGAGAAACGGUGCUGGUCCAGGAGUCAAGGUAGGAUGUGUGUCAAUUGGAGGGUUAGGUCAUUUUGCCAUUAUGUGGGCCAAAGCUCUCGGGGCUGAAGUUUACGUGUUUAGUCGUGGGGAAAAGAAGAGGGAAGACGCUUUCAAGUUGGGGGCUGAUCACUACAUUGCCACUGGGGAAAAAGGUUGGAACGAGCCGAUCAAAAUGAAAUUGGAUUUCAUUGUGUCGUCGGCCAACUCAUCCGAGGGGUUUGAUUUGGGAUCGUACUUGUCAUGUUUGAAAGUUGGCGGUAAGUUUAUUUCUGUUGGUUUGCCAGAAAAGCCAUUCAACGUUGGUCCAGGCUCGUUCAUUGCCAACGCCUCUUCUUUAUCAUCAUCCCAUUUGGGUAGUAGACCAGAAAUGAAGGAAAUGUUGAAAUUGGCUGCGGAAAAGGGGAUCAAGGCGUGGAAUGAGCCAAUUGCCAUUUCUGCAGCUGGGGUGAAGGAAGGGUUGGAAAAGUGCCACCACAACAACGUCAAGUACAGAGUGGUGUUAAACGAAUUUGACAAAGCUUUUGAUUAA